AUGUAUCCAUCUUAUCAACCAAUGCCAAAAUCACGCAUUCUUCCACAACCUGAUCGUGAUGAAAUUCAAUCUCUAUACGGUAGAAAUCAAUCAUCUGGAACAACACCAACAACAAGAUCAACAACAAGAAGAUGUUAUACGAGAACAAGAAGUUCUGUUACAAUUCCUUCUGGAAAAAUACAUAUUCGUUGUCGUCUCUUUCUUGAUGCUGCUUUCAAUCAUCCUGAUGGUAUAUUCCAUACAUUCAAUACUGGCGUACUUUGGCGUUAUCUACCCGAUGAAAAUAGAUGGGAAAAUCAACCAACAUUCGAAAAAAUUUAUCCAAAUUUACCAAAUAAACUAAAAGCAGGUGUAUAUGAUAGUCGAAAAAAUGAAAUUAUAUUUUUUACAGAUAAAUAUGUUUAUCGUUAUGAUGUUAAUGAUCGAAAUCGUAUCAAAUAUCGAGGUGAACAAAAUCUUCCAAGAAAUUUCCAAAAUUCAAUUGUUGGUGCUCUUUAUUAUCGUAGUGAAGUUUAUAUAAUUACAUCAAAAACAAUACGUUUAUUUCAAGUAAAUAAUAGCUAUCAACAAUCAAAUGAUCAAGAUUUAAGUAAGGAAUUUCCACGUCUUACUGGUACAGUGACAAGGGU